AUGGUCCUAGAGGUGAAGAAGGGUCAGGGCGAAGACAGCGAUACCGAAUUCGACAUCAUGAACUCGGCAGUCAGUACAGAAUCUAUGGACAUGGCGGAGGAGGACAUGUCUCAAGUGGAGGGAUGCGGGCUCAGUGGAUCGGAUGACGACGACGAGUGCGCGUCGUCACCGGCCGGCUCCGCGUACGACGACGGGCAGGACAUGAUCAAGAGCGCCAUGAGCGACGAGGUCACCAAGCAGCUCGCCGCCGCAGGUCCGGUGGGCAUGGCCGCGGCCGCUGCCAUCGCGUCGUCCAAGAAGCGGAAGAGGCCGCAUUCGUUCGAAACCAACCCCUCAGUGAGGAAGCGCCACCAGAACAGGCUACUCAGAAAGCUCCGCCAAACCAUCGAGGAGUUCGCGACGCGCGUGGGGCAGCAGGCGGUGGUGCUGGUGGCCACGCCGGGCAAGCCCAACACGUCGUACCGCGUGUUCGGGGCCAAGCCGCUGGAGGACGUGGUGCGCAACCUGCGCUGCAUGAUCAUGGAGGAGCUCGAGAACGCGCUCGCGCAGCAGUUCGGGCUGGGCGGGUGCGAGCAGGCGCCGCCGCCGCCCGCGGAGGACCCGUCGCUGUUCGAGCUGCCGCCGCUCAUCAUCGACGGCAUCCCCACGCCCGUCGAGAAGAUGACGCAGGCCCAGCUGCGGGCCUUCAUACCGCUCAUGCUCAAGUACUCGAUGGUGCGCGGCAAGCCGGGCUGGGGCCGCGAGUCCACGCGGCCGCCGUGGUGGCCCAAGGACCUGCCGUGGGCCAACGUGCGCAUGGACGCCCGCUCGGAGGACGAGAAACAGAAGAUGUCGUGGACGCACGCGUUACGUCAGAUAGUGAUCAACUGCUACAAGUACCACGGCCGCGAGGACCUGCUGCCCGCCUUCACGGAGGAGGACGAGAAGGGACCGCCCACGCAACCCAUGUCCCAGUACGCGCCCGCAGUCCUGCAGACGAUCACGAACCCGGACGGGACCGUGUCCCUCAUACAGGUGGACCCCAACAACCCCAUCAUCACGCUGCCCGACGGUACCACCGCACAAGUGAUCCACAGCGGCGAGGCGGGCGCGGGCGUGGUGCAGGCGCUGGACGGCGAGGGCGCGGUCGCCGUCGACCUCAACGCUGUGGCCGAGGCCACGCUCAACCACGACGGGCAGAUCAUCCUCACCGGCGAGGACGGCCACGGGUACCCGGUGUCCGUGUCGGGCGUGAUCACCGUGCCGGUGUCCGCGUCCGUGUACCAGAGCAUGGUGGCCUCCAUGCAGCACCAGGACGGCGUCUGCGUCGCGCCCAUCGUGCAGGUGGAGCAGGGCGGCGAGGCGCUGGAGGCGCUGUCGAUGGGCGGCGGCGUGGCGCAGGUGAUGCUGCAGGGCGGCGGCGAGGCGCAGGUGCUACAGGUGCUCAGCCUCAAGGACGCCACCGUGCUCACCAAGGCCAUGCAACAAGUGAAGGCGGAACGCGACGCCGUGGUGGCGGACUCCUAG